AUGCGUAUAGUUAUUAUUGGUUCAGGUCUUAUUGGUCGUUGUUGGAGUGUUAUUUUUGCUCGAGCUAAACAAGAUGUUUUUUUAUAUGAUACAUCUUCAUCGAUGCUUGAUGCAGCUGUUGUGGAAAUAGGUUUACAACUUGCACAAUUACAUCGUUUUAAUUUAUUAUUUAAUCAAACACCAGCUGAUAUAUUAAUACGUAUUCAAACAAUUGAUACAAUAGAAAAAUUAAAGGAAGUAUUUCAACAAGGAAUUGAUCAUGUUCAAGAAUGUAUACCUGAAGAUGUGCCAAUAAAAACGAAAUUAUUUUUACAAUUAGAUGAAAUUGUUCCAUCGAAUGCUUUAAUUGCAAGUUCAUCAUCAUGUAUUAUGCCAUCGAAAUUUACUGAACAAAUGAAAACAAGAAAUCGUUGUAUUGUUGCACAUCCAAUAAAUCCACCAACAACAAUUCCACUUGUUGAAAUAGUUGGUGCACCAUGGACAGAUAAAGAAUUUGUUGAUUUAGCUGUUGAACGAUAUCGUUCUUUUGGCAUGGAACCAAUUCGACUUAAGAAAGAAGUUGAUGGUUUUGUUGUAAAUCGUCUUCAAUAUGCUAUUCUUUCAUCGGCUCUUCAAUUAGUUCAAGAUGAUAUUGUUGAACCUGAAGAUGUUGAUCGAGCAAUAACACAUGGAUUAGCAUGUCGAUGGUCGUUUAUGGGACCAUUUCAAACAAUUGAUCUUAAUGCACCAAAAGGAAUUAAUGAUUAUUUUAGUCGAUAUGGUUCAUCAAUGCAACGUGUUUUAACUGAUAUGAAUUUUCCAUCGGAUUGGUCACAGGAAACUGUUGAAAAAGUUGAUAAAUAUUUUCGUUCAAAAUAUUCGGUUGAAGAUAAUGGUUUAGAUGAUAAAAAAUUAUGGCGUGAUCAACGUUUAUUAGAUUUAGCCAAACAUAAACAAACAUACAGUGAUCGAGAUUAUCGUAUUGUACAUUAUCCAUUGUCUAUUCCAAAUGAUCAAGGACAAUCGAUGAUUCAAGCAAUAGAGAAUGAAUUAAAACAAGUUUAUAAACAAGUUAAAAUAAGAUUAGUACCAAUUGAUGAAAUAAAUAAGAUUGAUUUAUCAGCUGAACCUUGGAAUUUAGCUGCAUCAAAUCUUGGCAAUAAUGGAAUUUUUUGUCAAUUAGGUGGUCCAAAAAAUGUUGAAUUUAAACAAGGCCAUUCAAUAUGUUUUGAUAUUUCCAGUGUACUCGAUCAAUUACAUAUUAAAAAUGAGCAAACACUUGUUAUUGGACCUGGUGCUGCUGAUCUAAAUCAAGUUCUUAUCAAUGGUGAACUUGUCGUUAAUAUGACACUUGAUCAAUAUAAUAAAGUUAUUACUCAACGUUCAUAUAGUUCACUUGUACCUGAAGAAAAAAAUGAACCAUGUCAAAAUUUAUAUGAAUCAAAAACAUGUGGUCCAUUUCAACAUCUAAUGAUAUCAUCAAUUGAUCAUAAAAAAUCAUCAAUUGUAAUUGAAAUUGAUGUACAUGAACGUUUAAGUGAUGAACAUGAAGAAGAAAAUAAUUUUAUUAGUGUUAUAAGACGUAGUUUAAAACAAUAUUCAAAAGAACCCAUAGCUCUUGGAGGUAUAUUUCGUAUUGAAAAAGGUACAGUUAAAGCACAUGUAAUGCCAGAUUUCCUGAAUGAAGAUUUAACAACAAAAGAACAAGUUGAUCAAUGGUUAAAAUUUUAUGAUAUGCAUGCACCAUUAAAUUGUCUAUCAGUUAUAUUAAGUGAAGAUAUCAAUAAUGCUGGCUUUCGUUGCGAACAUUCCCAUUUUUUUAGUAAUCAUGGACAAGCUGGUCAUUAUCAUUUUGAUAUAACACCUAAAGAAAUACAUUAUCAUGGUUAUUUUACCGUUUGUAAUGAAGCUGUUAUGGUUGAUUCACCUGUUUAA